AUGUACGCCAAAGUUCCGUCAUGCCCCACUCUCGAUGAUGUAACUCGCCGCGAUCUCGCCCACCGCCUAUUCCACCUUGGAUCCCUGAAUUUCAGUGGUGUACAGUUGAAAACUGGUGAAAUUACUCCAGUGUACUUCGAUAUUCGUCUCACAAUGUCCGAUCCAGUCCUUCUUCAAGAGCUUUCACGCUACAUGUUCGCCAUGAUCGGCCACGCGACCGGAGACAAAUUCGAUCUCGUUACUGGCGUCCCUGCUGCUGCGGUUGGAUUAGCCACCGUGAGUUCUCGUGUCUGUCAAUUAGAGAAUCGCCUAAAGUCAGUCGUUUACGGCCUUUUUUUCGCCUGGCAGGAAGUUGCCGUGCAAAAUAACAUUCCAAUGAUUCUCACUCGCAAGGCCGCCAAGGACUACGGAACCAAGAAGGUGAUUGAGGGCAUUUGGAAGAAAGGCCAGAAUGUCCUUGUGAUUGAAGACGUAGUCACCUACGGCGACAGCAUUGCUGAGACGACGGCGCUCCUUCGUGCGAGUGGAUUGAAGGUGGAGCACGCGCUUGUGGUUGUUGAGCGCCAACAAGGCGCCACGGAGAAUUUGCUCAAAAAUCACGGAGUGAAGCUUCACGCUCUUUUGACCCUGGAUGACCUUCUCGACAUUCUCGCCGCUGAUGGCCUGGUCCCGCCCGAGCGCGUGAUCGUCGCUCGCGACUUCAUUUCGGGUGCUCAGUAUGAUAGGGUUAAGGGCAAGCCCUCAAAAUUCGUUCCCGACUUCUGCCCCGAGUUGAGAUCUAGAUUGGCCAAAAUCAUUCACCAAAAGGCCACCAACAUCUGCCUCUCCGUCGACGUGCCAACAUCUACGGGGAGCCUUCUCCAACUUGCUGAUGAGGCUGGUCCAGGCAUUGCCAUUUUGGAAGUCAAUUAUGACCUCCUCUCGGACUACCGCGACUUCCUUCCCACCAAACUGCGUACCCUCGCCGAGAAGCACAACUUUUUUCUACUCGCCGACUGCAAGAUGGCGGAGGACGGUUGGAUUGCUCAGUUGAAGCUGAGCGACCAGACUCACCUCAGACUCUCCGAGUGGGCCGAUUUGAUCUCCGUUCACGCGCUCCCCGGGCCCGGCGCGUUGUCCGCUCUGCGCUCCUUCAAUACCUCCCUAACUCACAAAAUCGGCGCUUUGAUUAUUUACGACAUGCAAACUAAGGGAUCGUUGAUUGACUCGCACUAUCAGGACCAGUGCGUCCAGAUGGCUCAGGCCUACCAGGAUGUUGUCAUGGGUUUUGUGACGAGCAGCCCCAUCGACGUGAUCGCACACAAGCUAAACGUGGAAGGCACCCCCAACGUCUAUUACAAAACUCCCGCCCAGCACAACCACGUCGGAAUCGCCAAUGGCAGCAACGAUGCGGACAAGACUGUUGCCGACAUCAUGAAGACGUUCGGCGCCUGCCCUGAAGGUGUCAUCCGCACAGUCAACCUCUCAUCGCUGGAUGGAAAUGUGAAUUCACUCCCCACCAUGGCCAUUUAG